AUGGAACUGCAAGAGCUUCGUGAAUAUAUAGUUUCUUUCUUGAAAAUUAUAGAACUCAUCCAAACCCAUCAGAUAAAAUCAAUUUAGAAUUCGAUCAAAGCUAUCAUUGCCUCUCAUUUCUUGUUUUAUGCUUGAAGCGAACACAAACUGCCAACAAACCCAUCUGGUCUCCACUUAAUCACUGUUUCUAAUUAACCCCACCUAAUCUAGCUAGAUCAGAACUAAACCCACUCUCUCUCUCUCUCUCUCUCUCUCUCUCAUUUUCAACGAAAAACGAACUGUCAACGAACCCAUCUCUCCAAUCGCUGUAUCUUCGUCUCCACUGUAUCUUGCAGCCCGACCAAGAACCGAAAGCUUCAUCUCAACAGCUAGUCUCUCUUGUAUAACACAGAUGACGGGGCCGCAUAGACCAGCCAAGAACUGAGGCUUCUAACAAAGGAUGAGAUUUUCACAAACCACCAGGAAUGGAAGACAAGCAGAUAACAAACCCAAUAUUGGCUUCACCAAAUACCUGAAAUUGGUUAUCUGGUUUUCAAUCUCCUGCUAUCUCUUUUCCAGCCUCAUCGGCCAUAAAUCCAUCACCUCUCUCCCCAAAACCACCCUUUCUCAACCCAAAACCACCCGUGCCCUCUCCGAGUCCCUCAAUACCACCGUUCUAAAACACUCCAGACCCCCUCAAGGUUUGUUGAAGGACUUGAAGGUGUACGUCUACGAUUUGCCGGCCAAGUACAACGGCGACUGGCUGGCCAACGAGCGGUGCAGCAACCACCUCUUCGCCGCCGAGGUGGCCAUCCACCGAGCUCUGCUGAAUAGCGAUCUACGGACGCUGGACCCCUGGGAGGCCGACUUCUUCUUCGUCCCCGUCUACGUCUCCUGCAACUUCAGCACCGUCAAUGGAUUUCCCGCCAUCGGCCACGCACGCUCUCUGAUAUCGUCGGCCAUCCAACUCAUCUCGUGGGAGCUUCCGUUCUGGAACAGAAGCCUCGGCUCCGACCACGUCUUCGUCGCUUCUCACGAUUUCGGGGCUUGUUUUCACACACUGGAAGACGUGGCAAUCGCAGAUGGCGUCCCAGAGUUCUUGAAGAACUCUGUAAUACUACAAACGUUCGGCGUCAAAUACCAGCACCCAUGUCAAGAAGUCGAGAACGUGGUGAUCCCACCAUACGUCUCACCGGAAAGCAUAAGGUCGAACCUCUUGAAACAUGCGGCCACCGCCCGGCGGGACAUUUUCGCGUUCUUCAGAGGCAAAAUGGAAAUCCAUCCCAAGAACGUCAGCGGUCGUUUUUACAGCAAGCGUGUGAGGACGGCGAUAUGGCAGAAGUACAGCGGUGACCGGAGGUUUUACUUGAAGAGGCAGAGAUUCGCCGGUUACAAGUCGGAGAUAGUGCGGUCUGUUUUCUGCCUGUGCCCGCUUGGGUGGGCUCCGUGGAGUCCGAGGUUGGUGGAGUCGGUGGUUUUGGGGUGCGUCCCGGUCAUAAUCGCGGACGGCAUCCGGUUGCCCUUCCCUGCAGCCGUUAGGUGGCCGGAGAUAUCGCUCACGGUGGCGGAGAAAGACGUCGGAAAGUUGGGCGCCAUUCUCACACACGUGGCAGCGACCAACCUCACCACGAUCCAGAGCAAUCUCAUGGACCCCGCCAAGAGGCGGGCCCUAUUGUUCCACGACAGCGUCCAAGAAGGCGACGCCUCGUGGCAGGUCCUUCAUGCCCUAUCCCUUAAGCUACACCGGUCCCACAGAAGAUCGCGGCUUCCAAACAAAUCAGGAUUUGACACGUAGUUUGUCUGGAAAAAAUCAGGAAUAUUGUCUGACGUGGAUUGUGGUCAAUGCGGGUAAUGGAAUACAGCUGGAACUGACAGACUGGCCACGUGUAUCAGAGCACAAGUGGGUGGGGUGAGGUGGCAGGAUAGUUCCAUCGUGCGUGGAUUAGGCUUUACGGGAAGAGGAUACAUGUGAAGAGGAAUAUCUUCUUCUUGUUGGGGGUUUCAUUUUAAAAAUAAAUAAAAUGGGUUAAGAUAGUGUA